AUGGCUGAGAACGUCGUUGGCCUUAACGUACACAAAGUCGUCGAGCCCGACUCCGACCAAGGCGUACAUCCCGAAAAGAAGCAACAUGUCAGCGCCCUUGAUGUAGAGUCUCAACCAAACUCUCUUGAGCAAACAAGCUCUAUAUUGGACGAUGUGUCCUAUCCGGCCCCGACGGAGGAGGAGCGCUCGACUUUGCGCAAAGUCGCCGACUCGAUUCCCGUAACAGCAUGGUCACUCUGUGUAGUAGAGAUGGCCGAGAGAGCAUCAUUCUAUGGCGUCAAGGCAGCCUUCAACAACUACCUUCAGUUUCCCCUCCCCGAAGGCGGCCCUGGCACUGGUGCCAUCGACCCCUCUAAGCCCAACUCCCAUGCCGGCGCUCUCGGCCUCGGGCUUCAAACAGCCUCAGCAUUAGGGCUACUGUUCACGUUCCUGGCCUAUUUCAUCCCAAUCUUUGGCGCUUGGAUUGCAGACGUCAAGAUUGGUAGAUACAAAGCCAUAGCAUUGGGUGUGGUCAUCGGGGGUAUCUCCCAUGUCAUCAUGGUCGGCGGUGCUGCCCCCUCUGUCUUGCAGGGCAGCAAAGCAGGCGCCGUUGCUGUUUUCCUCAUCAGCUACUUCCUCCUGGCCAUUGGGGCGGGUAUCUUUAAGCCCAAUGUCGCACCGACUGUUAUCGACCAGUACAAGCACCAGCGGGAAUAUACCAAGGUGCUUAAGUCUGGAGAGAAGGUUAUUGUCGACCCUGAGACCACUAUCAACCACAUCAUGUUAAUCUUCUACGCCUUCAUCAACGUCGGCGCCUUUUUCUCCAUCGCGGUCGUCUACAUCGAGAAGUACCACAGCUUUUGGCUAGCUUAUCUCGUGCCCGGAAUUGUGUAUUUCCUCUUGCCGGUCUUGCUUGCCGCCACAUACAAGCGCACAGUCAGAAUCCCUCCCCAAGGCUCCGACCUCAAUCGCUUUGUCAAGAUCACUACCACAGGAAUCAAGGCUAGCAAGGGCAACAUUUUCUCAAAAAACUUCUGGCAGAACAUCAAGCCUACAACCCUGGCAGAGCGAGGGGUCCAUGUUAGCUACUCGGAGAAGGAUGUUGAUGAUGCACGCCGCACGUGGCAAGCUGUUCAGAUCUUCCUGUACAUCCCUGUCUGGUACUUGAACGAUGGUGGCGUCGGCAACGUGCAGAGCAACCAGGGAGCAGCGAUGACAUCUGACGGCGCACCUAACGACUUGCUCAGUCAUUUCAACCCUUUGGUCAUCAUCAUCUUCUCCCCGUUUAUGGCAAACGUCGUGUACCCCUUCCUUGAGCGCAGAAACAUCAAAAUCGGUCGUAUCAGCAGAAUGACGAUAGGGUUCGUUCUUGCUACCAUCUCAUCCGUCAUUGGUGCGUUGGUUCAAUGGCGUGUAUACGAGACAAGCCCUUGUGGCUACUAUGCCAGUGACUGCAAUGACGUCUCACCCCUCUCUAUUUGGUGGCAGAUCCCUAAUGUCGCCCUUGGCGCCAUGUCUGAGAUUUUUGUCAAUGUUACAGCCUACGAGCUGGCGUACGCUCGUGCUCCCGAGCACAUGAGAUCAACUGUCGUUGCUCUCUUUCUGUUCAUGACUGCUUUGAGCAGUGCAAUGGGCCAAAUCCUGCUCCCCUCUAUCGCGGACCCAACUCUCAUAUGGGCCUGGGCGGCUCCCGGUAUCGCCCUCUUCGUCCAAACUAUCGUGUUCUGGUACAGACAUCGCCACCUCAACGAUGAUGUUUUUAUGACCUACAAGGAGGACUUUGAGAGCGUGAGAUCAAAUGAGAAGAUCGUUGACAAAGAGGAAAAGUGA